UACUUUAAUAGCUGCUCCCUUUAAUGGUUACCGAAACAUUGCAAAAUAACAACAACAACAAUAAUGAAAACAAUAUCGGUAUAAUGAUUAUGCUCAUUGUUAGAAAACUUUUUUGUGUUUUUGCACGAUACAAAAUAAUCACAAAAAGAGUUGAAGUGAGAGCAUGAAGUUGAAGAGGCCAAAUGAUGAGCUUCUCUCUUAAGCUCUACUCAAGAGUUCGGGAAUAUAUGAUAACAUCUACGGAUGAACAGCUCCAUGGAAACAAGUCAUCUAGUGGCAACACUUCCACCUUUUGGAUGUUUACUCCACCCCAGGCUCCAACCAACAGCUAUGAUGAGGUUUAUCCUGGUGUUUAUUGCGGUGACAUGAAAGUAGCGCUAGACAACGAACAUUUGAACAAGAUAGGCAUCACCCACAUAAUCAACUGCUCUCAGGGUAAGGGAAGCAGUGAAACAAACACAGACUCAAUGUUCUACCAGCCAGCUGGGAUCAAGUUCCAUGGCAUUAAGGCUCAGGACUCGCCAACUUUCAAUAUGACGAUCUUUUACAAGGAAGCUGUAGAAUUUAUGGACAAAGCAUUGAAGUCUGGAGGUAAAGUGUUCGUGCAUUGCUCGAAGGGUGUUAGUCGCUCGCCCACCAUUGUUAUCGCCUACCUGAUGAUGAAAUGUAACAUGGACCUGAUGUCUGCCAUGAGAACCAUCCGACCGAAGCGCAAGAUCCACCCGAAUGACGGCUUCAUCCGACAGCUUUGCAUUCUCAACCGGGAACUGUAUGGCGAUAGUGAUUGAACUUGUUGAGUGUCAGAAUGUUAUUUGAAAACCUGGCCUUUUAUCAAAUGCCUAUAGCGCCUUAUUAAAAACUUCAUUCAACUUCCUGAAAUCAUAAAAUAUUUUUCAUAUUAGAUUAAUUUGUACUUGUAUUUUUUGGUUAUGGUAAAAGGUCAACAUGAACUUAAAUAUUACAAUAGUUUCUUAAAGAAUAAAAUAAUGUCUGAGAUUAAUAUUAGUAUUAUUAAUAUAAAUAUUAAUACUAGUUUUGUUACUUAGCGUCACUUUUACUCUAGAAACCUGUAAUUGUUCAACUAACAAAAUAAAAAUAUAAGAGAUUCCUGUUAUAGCAGUUCCAGUGAUUGCUAUAUCAAUUAUAAUUUUUACAUCUCUGACAUUAAUCAUUGUUAUCAUUGCUACACAUUUAUCGUUUUUAUCAUCUCUACAUAUUUAUCAUUGUAAUCAUCACUACCCAUAUAUCAUUGUUAUCAUCACUACAUAUUUAUCAUUGUUUUCAUCAUUACACAUUUAUUAUUGUUAUCAUUGCUACACAUUUACCAUUGUUAGCAUCACUACACAUUUAUCAUUGUUUUUAUCGCUACGUAUUUAUCAUUGUUAUCGUCAUUACACAUAUAUUAUUGCUAUCAUCACUACACAUUUAUUAUUGUUAUCAUUGCUUCACAUUAUCAUUGUUAUAAUCUCUGAACAUUUAACAUCAUUAUCAUCAUUACACAUUAAUAAUUGUUACCAUUGCUACACAUGUAUGCAUUGUGCAUCAUGAAAAAGUUAAUGUAUAAUAUAAGAUCUCAACUGUAUGACCUGUAUGUAUUUUCUUCGUUGUCAUAUUCCAGUCUUCAUAGAUUUUAAGCAGUAGAGCUAUUUUUUUUAAACGUGCAUACGAUCAUUCUAGACCCUUAUUAUUUUUACAGUAUUCUGUAUACAUGUGUUUACAUUUCUACUUGAUAGUUCAUAUCUUACAGGGGGUCAAGUUUAAUAUACUUGAGUUUAAAAAUUAUACAUUUUUCAAUACAUAUUGAUUAGUAUUUUUAGCAUCUGUUUUAAAAAUAAAAAACAUUCCAUGGUACACUUUUUUUUUACUUUGGAGUUAAUAUUUGACAUAAACUUACUAACUUCGAGCUCAUAAAAAGCCUCAAAAAGCCUAAAAUGAAAUAGAAUGUUCACAAAUUUCAACAAGAUUUUUAACCUACUUUACAAAAAAAAUGUCAAAACCUUAGCCAGCCUGUUAGAAAUCGAAAGGUACAAUUUAAUUGGACAAAUAAUAAUUGUGAGUAAAUACAAUCAUUUCCCUAAACAAACUGUCAAUGGGAGAACACAAAAUUUGACUAUGUUUGUUCAGUUGCUGCAUACUUUGAUUUAGCCCCAAUUAAAGGAAAUUAAACGUUCUCUGUUGGGUAGCAGAACUUUGAUACUAGCGGAUUCAUGCAAACUCUUAACGGUCACCAAGUCAGACUGGAUUAGUAUGUCAACUGAGGAAUGAAAUGGUCUAUACAACAAAUUGCACGAAAAUACAAUGUCUCAUCCACUAAGCUGGUUAGGUCCGUUAUGGUCAGGUCGGUACUGUUGCCCCUAGAUGAAAGGCAAACCAAAAUGGUACUCUUACAAGCAAAAUAAAUGUCAAAACCACUACCCAGAAGAGCCUGAAAAAUGAAGUAAGGUAAAAAUCAAAUAACAUAAUCUUUGUAUGGAAACACAUUGUAAUUACGCAAAAUGAUAAAUAAGUUACAUAAGUAAUGAAAAGCACACAAACAUAGUGUAGAUCAAAAGCUUAGUGAACGAAUGUUGCAAGCUUUAUUGAUAAAUAUUUUGUAGUUUGUGUUAUAUUUUUAUAUCUAUGUAUGUUUGAAUAGUUGUGUUCUGUAAUUUAAUGCCUAUUAUAAAUAAAAAGAUAGUUUAAUAUU